UUAUACGUCAAAUGUAAUGCCAAAAUAGCUACAAAGAAUUGGUAUUUAUUUUCUUGAAAGCUAAGGAAAUUUUAAUCUUAGGCAAUAAAUAAGAGGUAAUUGAACAAUGUCUGUGCCACCGCAAGCGUUUGUUAAUAAAAACAAGAAGCAUUUUCUCGGAAUCCCAGCACCUUUAGGUUAUGUUGCUGGUGUUGGCAGAGGAGCAACCGGUUUCACUACUCGAUCUGAUAUCGGUCCCGCUCGUGAUGCCAACGACGUAUCUGAUGACCGACACGCACCACCUGCUGCGAAACGCAAGAAAAACGAGGAGGAAGAUGAUGAUGAAGACUUGAAUGAUUCUAACUAUGAUGAGUUCUCAGGAUACAGUGGAUCACUCUUCUCAAAGGAUCCAUACGACAAAGAUGAUGCAGAAGCUGAUGCUAUUUAUGAGUCAAUUGACAAAAGAAUGGAUGAGAAACGAAAAGAAUAUAGAGAAAAACGACUCAAAGAAGACUUGGAAAGAUAUCGCCAGGAAAGACCAAAAAUACAACAGCAAUUUUCUGACCUAAAGCGAGAACUGAAAACUGUCUCGGAAGAUGAAUGGUCAGCGAUUCCCGAAGUAGGUGACGCACGUAAUAGAAAGCAACGUAACCCUCGUGCUGAGAAGUUUACCCCGCUGCCGGAUAGUGUACUAUCCAGGAAUUUGGGAGGAGAAUCCACGUCGUCCAUUGAUCCAAACUCGGGCUUGGCUUCUAUGAUGCCUGGUGUUAUGACUCCAGGGAUGUUGACUCCAUCUGGUGACCUGGACUUGCGAAAGAUCGGUCAAGCCAGAAACACACUUAUGACCGUCAAAUUAUCACAGGUUUCUGACUCGGUCACCGGUCAAACAGUGGUUGAUCCCAAAGGCUACCUCACUGAUCUACAGUCAAUGAUACCAACCUACGGAGGAGAUAUUAAUGACAUAAAGAAAGCUAGGUUGCUGCUAAAGUCUGUGCGAGAGACAAAUCCAAACCACCCGCCUGCUUGGAUUGCUAGUGCUAGAUUAGAGGAAGUCACUGGCAAAGUACAAUCGGCCCGUAAUCUCAUUAUGAAGGGUUGCGAAGUGAACCCGAGUAGCGAAGAGCUUUGGCUAGAAGCGGCCAGGUUGCAACCUAGUGACACUGCCCGCGCUGUCAUAGCUCAUGCAGCCAGGAAUCUACCGCACAGUGUGAGGAUCUGGGUGAAGGCAGCAGAUUUAGAACAGGAACCUAAGGCUAAACGACGAGUUUACCGCAAAGCUCUCGAACACAUCCCCAACUCAGUCCGUCUCUGGAAGGCCGCAGUCGAGCUAGAAAACCCUGAAGACGCCCGCAUCUUACUCUCUCGCGCCGUAGAAUGCUGCCCCACUAGUGUAGAGUUGUGGCUUGCUUUGGCAAGAUUGGAAACGUACGAAAACGCUAGGAAGGUCUUGAACAAGGCUAGAGAGAAUAUACCUACAGAUAGACAGAUUUGGGUGACUGCUGCUAAACUUGAGGAGGCUCAUGGCAACACCCACAUGGUGGAAAAGAUCGUAGACCGAGCGAUCACAUCGCUUAGCACCAACGGAGUUGAGAUCAACCGCGAGCACUGGUUCAAAGAAGCUAUGGAGGCCGAGAAAUCUGGCGCGGUUCAUACUUGCCAGGCGAUAAUCAGAUCUGUUAUUGGACAAGGCAUUGAACAAGAGGAUCAGAAACACACUUGGAUGGAAGAUGCGGAAGCGUGCGCAAACGAAGGCGCAUAUGAAUGCGCCCGCGCAGUCUAUGGCUACGCGUUGUCAGUGUUCCCUUCAAAGAAGUCUAUUUGGCUACGCGCCGCGUACUUAGAAAAACAACACGGCACGCGCGCAAGUUUGGAGGCUUUGCUGCAAAGGGCUGUUGCACAUUGUCCAAAAUCAGAGGUCCUGUGGCUUAUGGGAGCUAAAUCCAAAUGGCUGGCUGGUGAUGUCCCAGCAGCCCGUGGUAUCCUGUCCCUGGCUUUCCAAGCCAAUCCAAACUCGGAAGAGAUUUGGCUCGCUGCUGUUAAACUCGAGAGCGAGAACAAAGAGUACGACAGAGCGAGACGGCUGCUGGCCAAAGCUAGGGCAUCGGCUCCUACGCCUAGGGUCAUGAUAAAGUCCGCCAAAUUGGAAUGGGCGCUCAACAACCUAGAAGUAGCCUUGAAACUUCUAGAAGAGGCCAUCAAAGUGUUCGGCGAUUACGCGAAGCUGCAUAUGAUGAAAGGACAAAUCGAGGAACAGAUGGGCAAGGAUGAGGACGCUCAUAACACUUAUACUCAGGGGUUGAAGAAAUGCGCAACUAGCGUUCCCAUGUGGAUAUUACUUUCAAGGCUGGAGGAGAAAUUAAAACACAUCACCAAAGCCAGAUCAGUUCUCGAGAAGGCUAGACUAAGGAACCCAAAGAAUGCUGAGCUAUGGUUGGAAAGCGUUCGUCUAGAGAGGCGAAACGGCAGCGCAGAAAUAGCAAACGCUGUAAUGGCCAAGGCUCUGCAAGAAUGUCCGACCGCGGGCCGCCUGUGGGCCGACGCCAUAUUCAUGGAGUCGCGACCGCAGAGGAAGACCAAGAGCGUGGACGCCCUUAAGAAAUGCGAGCACGAUGCUUACGUGUUGCUGGCUGUAUCACAACUCUUCUGGACUGAGAGGAAACUGAACAAGUGCCGGGAAUGGUUCAACCGAACGGUGAAGAUCGACGCUGACUUCGGAGACGCCUGGGCGUACUUCUACAAGUUCGAAUUACUCCACGGGAACGAACAACAACAGGAGGAAGUCAAGACCCGCUGCAAGACCGCAGAACCGCGCCACGGAGAAUACUGGUGCAAGCACGCGAAGGAUAUUCAGAACUGGUGCUUUAGCACGGAACAGAUUUUAUUGUUAGUGGCUAAGAACUUGCCUGUGCCUACGUGAAGUGUUGGAUUGUUUAUUUGGUAAGUGUUUGUGAAUUAAUAGCGGCUCCAUGUUCUUGGUGUUUGCCACAAACACCACUAAACAAAACGCGGUAUCCUCAAAUUGUUGGACAGGACAGUCCUUUGAUUUGUGCGAAAAACCGCCUCCAAUGCAGAACACUUGACAAAUAUCAAACAGAAGAGGCACACACGUUCGUGUUUUGUUUUUCGCUGAAAGCGUGAGGAGGCACCAUAAUGUAUUUAAAAUACGGUAAUUUAACAGCAUGUUCGUCAACAUAUUGGUUCUAAAUAGCACAGCAUAAUCAAACCACAGUUCGUAGUGGUAUAAAAGCGCUGUACUACACAUAAUAUGACAUUAUAUUGUUCAGCAAUAAAGAGACACAGAUGUAGUGCGAAAAAAAAUUCCUUCCGUAUUUUUCCGGAAACAUUCUUAUUUGUCAUGCUAGUUCAGGCAGUGUCAGUACGUCUUGUAGGUCCUGAGACUUGUCUGAUACGAAGGAAAAUCUUUUAGCACUACUAUCUGUAUGUAGUAUCUCUGCAUGUUUACGUGAAAUAUCAUUGCUAUAGGACAUCACAUUCAUUCACCAUUGCUAUAGGACACGGCGUGCGAACUCGCAUGCGAUUUUAGUUCCAUUGCGAACUGUUGGGGUAACAUCCAAUUCCGCCUGCCGAUCAAAUGCCGUAUUGUAAUAAUACUAUCACAUAUCGUGUAAAAUGAAAGUUGUGUUAAAUUUUUAAGUGAUGUAAUUUUGUCUGGAAAGUUUCUGAAAAAAAGUACAAAGUUCACAUUCUGAUUUUACUUGGCUUGUGUCAAAUUCUUUUAAGAUAUUUGUGGAGUAGUGCGAAGACAAAUUGUAAAUAAAAUAAGUGUUAAUGUUCUUAAUGUUUCCAGACGGCACGGGUUGUCGCUAGAAAUCAAUUUAGACUAAUUAUAGAUAAUAUUAAGUUAGUUUUAAUCGUAAUAUAAUAUUAGUAUGAAUA